AUGGCCACCAAUGCGAACUGCAAGAUCAAAGUUUUCAAAUCAGUCGAAACCAGCUUCAACAAGGAUUAUAUUAGUCAAUUACUUGUAAAUAUAUCUCAGGACCAUACCACCUUCGACUCUGAGGUUGUUUAUAUAAAAAAAAUUAUCAGCUCCUAUUUUAUAAAAUUGGUCGUAGAUGUGAUGAUACCGAAAACUGGAGAUUAUAGAACCCUUUUUAACUAUGAGGCCAAUAUUUGCGAUAUUUUGGGCACUAAAGGCAGCCAAACAAUAAAUUUGUUCUCCAUAUGGAUACAAAAUAUUUUUAAAUACAGCGAUAUGCCAAAGUCAUGUCCUAUACAAAAGGUGUGCUUCAUAAAUGGUUGCUAUGGUUGGCGUGGUUUCAAAGUGGAUAGAAACAGCAUUCCCCCUUUUGUUGUGAAUGGUUUAUAUCGCAUAACUGCUAAUAACACCUUGAAGUAUAAAGAUGGAGACAUACAAGUGGUCAGUGCCGUUCUAAUGGUGGAAAUAAAAAUGAAAUAA